GUUGUCUCCUGCAAAACUCUCAAAGAGCUUCCUCGAGGGAUAAACGAAGCAAGGGUGUAAGUAAAAGGUCAUAUAGAGCCGUUUUGGUUGUAAUUCAGGAUCGCUCGGGUUUUGCUGUAAAACUCAGAUUAAAAAUAACGAUUGAUUAACCUUGGCUUGAUAAUGUAUAUCAACAAAGAAAAGAAGUUAGUCAUCGUUACUGUGAAUUUGCAGUUUUUAACCAAAGUUUUAAAAACAUUACAGAUCAGUCAUUUUUUGCUACCUCGAGGUCAUUUACAUAUAGGGUGCUCAAGUAUAUUAUCUUCGGUUUGUUCUACUUUAUCAGAUGCAGUAAAACCCAACUGUGAUGUGAUGUGCUGUCUUAUGCUAUAAUGUAUCAUGUUUGAACUUUCAUUAAUGAUUUGUCAUAUUCAGUAUCUUUUGGUCUGGUUUGGUGUGAGUCUCAAUCCAGGCCAUUUAAUUUGCCUUAUAUAUAAGCUUUGUGGAACUCUUUAACCUUGAAUCACAGUGAAUUGUUGCGCCAGCUUUUCACCCUUUUGGUUUUAUUAACAAGUUUUCGGUUUUAAUUUCUUUCAUCAGUGUAUGUGCUCCAACAGAAUCUUUGUUUGUAAUCGUCUAUUCCCGGGAACGCCGCUAUCAGCUGGAUGGUCUUCUAGCAUCAGGCUUUAUGUGUUCUAAACGGAGUAAGAGGGGCUAUUACAGAUGCCUUAAUUGUAGCCUUUGCUCGACGGGCACCUACAGCAGCCGUGAUAGAGCGAAGACACAUUGCUUGAAGUGCCCUGCUGGUAAAUACGAUGCUUUACAUAUUACAAUUUGUUUUUGGAGACAUUUACGUUUAGCUAAAAACCAUAAAAUGAGUGUCUGAUCUCAAUGGAUGGAGUGUCGCUCCCAAAUGUUUUAUUUUUAGGAGGCUUUUACCAAGACGAAAUGGGCCAAAUUGACUGUAAGAACUGCUCCAUUGGCACUUAUGUUCCUGAGAUUAACUACCCUGGAAAAUCCGCGACUGACUGUCGUGCAUGCCCUUACGGUAAGAGAAAAUAAUGAGUGAAAUUGAGUUUUGAAAAAUUGAGGCCUUGAGAAUUAUAGAAAACUAGACUUUUUGUUACCACUGUUUAUCAAACAGGUACCCAAUCUGACAAACCUGCUGGUUAUCGUGCAUGCAGUUGUCUCCCACAUUUCUUCCGCCUAGAUCGUUUUGGUCCUUGUUCAGCAUGUGAAGAGCAUGGAAUGGUAUGUCAGUCAGAUACAGCAAUUUUGGCGCCAAAGUACUUUUGGAAAUUUAACAGCUCAGAACAAAUGAACCAUUACAAAGAAUUUGUUCUUAACAUUCAAAUCUUCAAUGCUGAAUAUAACCGUGACUUUUCCAGUUAUCGCGCUUUGUUACCAACCCCUAUCAAAUGCCCCUUUACAGAUUCGUGCAAUGGUGGUAUUGAAUCAUCGUGUACAGAAGGAUACGAGGGUACCCUCUGCGCAACUUGCUCCUCAAAUCACUUUCUCCGUUUCAACAGAUGCUUAGAGUGUCCUAGCAUGUUGGUAACAGUAAUUUCCUGUGUUUUGGUCAUCGUGGUGUUUAUUUUUCUGUUUUUACUUAUAUUCUGGGGCGACUCAAACGCUGCAAAUGGCGAACGUGGAGGUACUGCGGCAGAUGUGGUAAUGUCUUGUGUAAAAAUCGUGGUUGGCUUUUAUCAAGUGGCCUCCGGUAUUUUCUCAGCGUUACUGCAUGUUCAGUGGCCUGUAGUUCUUGUGUCUAUGGAAAAAUACCUGAAGUUUGUCGAAGGGAACAUCUUGCAGUUCGCACCAUUGAGCUGCAUUGACCCAGUGUUUCGACUGGAUCCAUUCAUGCAAUUUUGUCUUUCUAUCUCUAUCAAUAUCUCAGUAGUUUUGUUAAUACUGAUCUACUUAUUACUUAAGAGACAAUACAUCAAAAAGUUGGAGAUUUCUGACCGCCAAAAAAGGGAUGAAAUUUUACAUUUGAAAAAGUCAUGCUACCGAAACAUAUUCCUAUUUCUUCUGUUGUCUUACCCAAUAACGAGCAAGAAAAUUAUCAAUGUUAUUCUGCCCCUGCCAGGAGUCUGUGAGGAUGUGUGUUUCACCAAAGAUGGCAGUGACUGCAUUUCUCUCCUGAAAGCUGAUUAUUCCAUUUCCUGCCUCAGCCCAGCAAAUGGUGUGUACUGGAAACUAGCAGCCGCAUGCGCAAUAUAUCCUCUCCUCUUUCCUUUACUGCUUCUUAUUCCUCUUUACAAGUACCGUGAGCCUCGUCUCGAUGAUGAAAUUUGUUUUGGUCUUAAAGUUUUCUUUGAAAACUAUGAAGAGAAAUUUUGGUUCUGGGAGAUAAUUGAGAUGUAUCGGAAACUGAUCCUCAUCUCAGGCAUCCUUCUCUUUGACUCCAAAAGCCAAUAUCAAAUUGGCUGUGCCGUAAUUGUUGCAAGUGUAUCAGGAAUUACUUACACCAUGGCCCGACCCAUAAAAGGCAAAUUCGAGGAUCGAUUACAAGCCUUUGUGCUUUGGACAACAUUCUUCAAUGUCUGCCUCGGUGCAAUAACCAUGUGCCAAAAUCCAACAGAAAACGAGUCCAUUUUUGUGAAUGUCAUAUUUGUGCUUCUGAACAGCGCCGUGGUGUUAAUUGCUGUAGGUAAGUUUUAUUUGCCUACGAUAAGCAAUGACCGAUUUUGCUAAUGCUGGGAUCAGAAUGAACGCUGGAACUGGGCAACCUAGUACCAGAUCCUUGAUGGCCAAGGUGAUCAUUGAUCUCCGUGAGAAUGUGUAAGUCCCCCUCAUGGAAAGAAAAAAAGGUUGGCAAACAUACAGCUUGCGACGCUUUCUUGGCUCUGUUUCUCUCGCAUGACAACAACAAAUAUCAAAGCCACGCGAAACAACAUGCCCCUUGAGGGACCUGGUACAGGAUUGUCUAAACCUAACAUUUAUUGGGACCCUGUAUUAGCAAAGUCGUGUAUUGCUUAACCGCACUGAAUUUAUAUUGUAUGGCUUGGACUUACGGCCGCUAAGCAAGCUGAGGAAAAAAGAGAGCCAUCACUCUCCCAGAUUGUACAAUUUGGGAACAGGACCUCACUUUGAGGUUUUCCAAGACCGACCUCUUUCUCCCCUAUUAAGAAGUUAUUUAAAAGUUGAGCCAUACAAAGCUGGCGAGGGGUGUGUAAGCCAGAUAAUCUGCGUUGUAUUACAUCUAAGUUAUCUCAUUCCCUUCUUUGAUUUUUACAUUUGUCUUGACAACCUUUGAGCUACAGUUAGUCAUAUGUCUAUAAAAGGUUCCGGAGUCAUUAAAUAACUAUCUAACUGUUUGGCGCAUUCGGAAAAAGAAAAAAUCUAAACAUUAUGGGAUUUUGUUGAGAAAAUUCUGCAUAAUUUCGUGUCAUUUUUUUUUCUUCAACAGUUAAAGGCCUCCGUUACUUAAAGUCUAACUGGAGAAGGUUCUCCUCUUGCCCGGUGCGAUUUUUCUGGAAGAUGUGUGGCAGAUGUCGCGAUGGUCAUAGGAACAGACGGAGUGAUUUGUCCCUAAUA